ACUAAAAACUUUGCAGUUUGCACUUCUCAGUCUCCUCCCACGCAAACACACUCAACUCACUCACAGAAAAAAGCAGGAGAGAACUCAAUCAAGCAACAAAUUUCAUGGCAAAGCAUAAAAAACAAACCCUAUUUCCACUUAAUUUAGCAUUGCUAAUCAUUAUAAUUGCAGUAUCAAGUGCACAAAUUGCAGAAUGUUUGAAAAAACCAGAAGCAUCUGCAAGAAAACAAGAUAUACCCUUUAUCAAAUGUCAAGUUUGUCAAAAACUUGCUUCACAACUGUAUUCUCAAGUGCAGAAGAACAAAGAUGCUCAGAUCUCACCUAAAAAGAUUACUGAGUAUGAGGUUAUUGAGAUUGUUGAGAAUGUAUGUAAUUUGAAGAAGGAAGAAUCUGAUUGGAUUUCGAAAAUCGACAUUGUUGAAAAGGGUGAUCAAUUGGAGCUAGUUGAUCAAGAUGUUGAAGGACAUUGCAACUCAAAAUGCAAGACUAUCGAACGGGCAUGUCAAGAGAUUGUUGGAUUUUCAGACACUGAUAUUGCUGAAUACAUAUACGCUCGGAAGCCUCAGCUUGAUUCUUUAGUAAAUUAUCUAUGCAAGGACCUCACUGAAGCAUGCAAUAAGAGGCCACCUCCUGUGCCAAAGGAUAGGGUCCCAGGGGAACCAUUUGUCCCGAAACCAGCCAAAGAAGCUGAAAUGGAAAAAAUGAUGAGAUCCAUGCAGGGUCUACCAGGAGCACCGGGGAUGAAAAUGUAUUCCAGGGAAGAAUUGACGAACAACAUGCAAAACCUUGGCGGUGAGGAUGUUGAUGUUGAUGAGGAUGAUGAUGACGACGACGAUGAGGCACAAUUCCGAUCAAAUUUGGGAAAAGCUUUCAAGGAGAAGGCGAAGAAAAAAAUCAAAAAAGAUGAUUGGAAAGAGACGGUGAUGAAACAGGUAACAGAUACCGGAAAAACUCUUAAGAAACACGCGAAUAGAGUCUCUCACCGGCUAAGAAAAUGGUGGAGAUCGAAAACAAGUGCGGCGCCUAAGAAGAAAUCAACAGGCAACAAGGCAGAACUUUAAGAGUACUUACUGAUUCAAAACAAGUCACCAGUUUUCGUUUCCUUUCUCUUUUCUUUGUAUUUUCAGAGGCAUUUAUAUAUAACAAGGACACUAUUUGAGAGAAUUAGAAUUUCAUAAGUUCCAUUUUUUCUGAGUGUGAAAAAAUAUUGAAAAAUGUGAUGAGAAAAAGUGACAUAGAAUUAAAUCAUAAGUUUAGGCGAUCGUUGUAUACUUCUUGUCAACCAAAACAUCUGUUACCAUACUAUGAAUGAAGUAGAGGUGUAGAGGUUCUAUCAGCUAUUA